AUGGCAACCGUCGCUUUGGGCUUCCUGAGCUUGUUGAUAUGGCUUCUCGCUCUACAGGAUCAGGUUUACGCAUACGGUGAUUUGGUGGUGGACACCGCCCCUACGACUCCCCGCCCCUACGUGCUCCCGAAUCUCAAAGGCGAGGCUGUCGACUUUGGCGGCUUGAUCAUCCGAACUCUGGUUUCCAACAUCACCUCAUCUGGCGCUCUAUCGAUCUUGAGUAUCAACACUGGACCGAGUCCUCUCAGUAUCGUCCACUCCCACAAGCAAGUGGAAACAUUCUAUUCCAUCAAGGGCAGCGUUCAAGUCUUCCACAAUACCAACCAGGGUCGUGAGCUUCAAGCAAAUGAUUUUGCCCUCCUCGCACCUGGCAACAACCAUACAUACCGUUUCAAUGACCUUGAUUUCCAGUUGACUUUGUGUAUGGCUCCAGGAGGUAUCGAGGAUCUCUUUACAGCCGCUGGGACACCUUACAACUCAUCAGCCCCGUACGACCCGGAAGAUCAAUCGCAGCUGAACGUUACCAAGGUGUUGGAGCUCUUCCCUAGAUAUGGCAUCACACCAGCACCAUACAACACCAUCAAUCUAGAUUGGACCAACGGAACCACCGAUGAUGGGUUGGCCACCUGGCAUGUUGCUAACCAGACCUUGCCAAAUAACUCAGUCACACCAUAUUUUGUAUCUAGCAACCGAGGACCAAAGUAUCUGCAGCGAAAAACUGGCCAAGUGGUCAGCCUGCUGGCAUCUGGCAAGCAGACCAACGACAAACUCACCGUCGCGACCAUCGCGACAAAGCCUGGAUCACAGCCUGCCGCGGUCAAGUUCGAUGUACACCAAGCCUUUCAAGUGACGGAAGGCCAGCUCCAUCUCGAGAUCAACGGCGAGAUAGUGACAUUGAUAUUCGGCGAUUUGGCAUUCAUUCCUGAAGGAACAAAUUUCAGUUAUUGGUCCAGGGUCGGCUUUACCAAGUUUGCCGCCUGGUCAGCAGGAUCGGGACUUGCUGACAGCCUGAUCAUGAAGGGAGAGGAAUGGAGUGAUGCGGUUUGGCCAGCAUAA